UCCACGCUAUUGCGCGCGCGGGGACUACACACACUCGUCCGAGUAGCUUGGGCCGCACGCGUUCUAUGUGGCAUUGCCAUGUACAAAAACCUCUUCAACCCUCUCGUUUCGAUUCCUGCUACGCAAUCCAAUGGGUGAUCCUCAAAACCCCGGAGCGAUGUCUUUCUUGCAACACCCUGGUUGCGGUUUCAACCCCUCGCAGCAACAGCUGCUCUGCUACUACCUAACCGACAAGAACAACGGCGACGAUGAUGGCGGUUGCAAGGGUUACGAUUUGAUCAGAGAGCUGGAACUCUACAAGUACGACCCGUUCGAUCUACCUGACGAGGCGUGCUUUUUUUACGGUUUGGGGGCGAGGCAAAGGCACUGGUAUUGUUUCGCGGCGAGGAAUGUCAAGGAGAGCAGAGGGGGGAGGCGGAAGACGAAGAGUGGGUUCUGGAAAAGGGGAAUGGUGAGGAACGUGGUGGGCCCUGGAGGGAAAGUGGUUGUCGGGACCAGAUCGAGGUUCAUAUUUUAUCUGGGGAAUUUUCCGAAGACCGCGACGAGGACCGAUUGGGUCAUGCACGAGUAUGCGCUAAUUGAUCAUCUUAAGGCCCCUUUUGUCCUUUGUCGAGUAUUUGCCCAAUCUCGUGCUGGAAAUAGGAUAUCAGAAAAUGGCUUAAGCUCUUGUGCUGAGGAGAGUGUUUCGGCAGUGCGUCACAUUGGAAUUCAGCACGACGGAUAUCUUACACCUUAUACUCUUGAACCUAAAAUGCAUGAUGACAACCAUGUUAACAGGAACCAAGAGAUACCAAAAUAUCCAAUGCGAUCAGUUAGUGAGCUAGAUGAUCAGGUCAUGCCUGGGCCGGUUUCUGUUGACAGCUUUCCACUUCCUUCGAGGGCGCAGCCCAGAGAGCAGAUGAGCUCAUCCAUGCCUCCUGGAAGUAGUUCAGAGUGUUUUGAAGGUCUGACUGACCAGCAAGUAUGUUCCAUUUUAGAGGAAGAUUUCAUUGAGUUAGCCGAUCUUGUGCCGUAAGUCUGUAAUUGAUUCAUUUGGCAUUGAAGCAGCUGAUUAGAAAGAUAUGCGAAGAGUUAAUGGAAUGCUCAGGCUAUUGCUGGAAACAAUUGUUUCAGGAAUGGGUUUAUAUACUCCUUACAAGAUGAGAAGGUUUAAAUAUUAGAAAACCAUUUGAGUAACUAUAAAUUAGAAAAUUGUACUUCAACAUUGAAGUUGGGAGAUAUGACACGGCAGGAUGAUGUGGCCUUUAAAGGUAGUUAGUAUGUUUUGUACGUCAACUUUGAAGUUCAGGCAUAUUUCACGGCAGGAUGACUUGGCCAUUUCUAAGAUAUUUAGUAUGUUAUUGGAGUCAACUUUGAAGUUGAGGCAUAUAUUUCACAGCAGGAUGACUUGGCCUUUAAGGCAGUUAGUAUGUUAUUGACAUCAACUUUGAAGUUGAGGCAUACAUUUCAUGGCAGGAUCACUUGGCCUUUUAAGGUAGUUAGUAAGUUAAGUUAGUACGUUAUUGUACGUCAAAUUUGAAGUUGAGGCAAAUUUCACUGCGGGAAGAUGUGGCCUUUGAAGUCUUGCAGAUUUGUUCUUGUUCCUGAUAGAAGGCAGUUUUCUCCAGUGGAGUCCUUAUCAAAAAACGUUUUCUCCAGUGGAGUACUGAAAGACAUUAUGCUUAAGAAGGGUAAGUUUGAAGUAAGUUAUAUGAGUGUCAACCGCGUCACCUGACUUGAUAAUGCUGCUGUUGUUCCCUUGAUAAUGGAGGUUGCUUUUUAUCAUUUGCAAUGGUGGCAAACUUUAAUUUUCCACCACCUAUCCGAGCCUUAUCUUUGUUUUUCAUAUUAAUGAGUAACCUCUCCAAAGCCUUUCUCAGCAAGGCAUCUUUUCCUUUUCCCUCUUUUUAUGUUUUGUAACUUUAAUUGUCAGAGUUAGCGCUAUAAAAUUCUGGAUUUUUUAAAAAUAUUUUGACAUAUUGAUGGGGGUGUUAAUCGCUUGAA